UAAGGAAAUUUAAAUCUCAUUCUUUUCAGAACAAGUACUUUACCUGCCUCACAGUAUGGCAUUGCUCCUCAAUAAAAUUCCCAGAGUUUUUGGGAGCUUCUCACAAUCUCGCAACCUCAUGAUCAAUUCGUCUAUGAGAACCACAUUCUCUCCUACUGAUGCAGUGCUGGACAAGCCUCAUCAGUCAAAAAUGACAAGUUAUGCAUGUGUUGCUGCUGCAGUCAUCACAGGCAUCAGUGCUGGUGCUUGGAUGAGCAAAAACAUUGCAAGCUUCCUUGAAGAAAAUGAACUUUUUGUUCCUUCUGAUGAUGAUGAUGACUACUAAGAAUUUAUAAUUGUUAUUACCAGGACGGGGAUGCUUCCUUUCUGCUAGUCCUUGGUGCAUUUUAGUCCUGGCCAAAGAUAUGCAUAGAGAAUUCUACUUGUACCUAUGUACAACACCGAAGAACCUUGGACACAUCCAUAGGUUCUUCUUACAGACCAAUAUCACUCCUCAGUCCAAUCUCCAAAACACUAGAAAAAUAAUCAUACUCAACAUCAUUCAACCUCUCAUUCCACAAAUAGCUCACCAACAUGAUUUCAAGGGAAAUCACUCCCCAGUCACAGCCCUACACUCACUUACCCAACAUAUUACCCGCGGAUUCAAUCAGAAACAACCACCUUCACGAACCAUUGCAAUAGCACUAGACAUGUCCGAAGCAUUCAACACAGUAAACCUACACAAGUUAAUAGACAAACUCUCAACAAUACGAAUUCCUCCAACAUUAACAAAAUACAUAUCCAACUACAUAAAAGGAAGAAAAGGCUAUACACUUUUCAAUACACCCACAGACGUACACAUGAUUACCUAUGCAGACGACAUUACCAUCUUCUCAUCACACCACAAUUACAAAAUUGCAGAACAACAUAUACAACCAUUUCUACAACAGAUAUACAACUGGACUAUCAGAAACAACCUCCAAUUAAACGCAUCCAAAAGUACAGCCACACUUUUCACUCCUGACCCUGCUGAGUACAGGAAAACGCUAAACCUUACCAUAGGCAGUACCAUAGUUCCCACCAUCACACACCCGAAAAUACUAGGAAUCACAUUCGACCCAAAACUAAACUUUAAUACCCACAUCCAUAACACACAUGACAAAGCAACUAAAACAAUAAAAAUUCUAAAAAUCACUCACGAAAACAAAAAGAAGUCCUACUCACAACCUACAAAACUAUAACACAACCUAUAAUAGAAUACGCCAGCACCAUCUGGUCACCUAGUCUAGCACAAACUCGCACAAAUAAGCUACAAACAAUCCAAAACACAGCACUCCGCAUUGCAACAGGUUGUACAGCUGAUACUAACCAAAGCCAUCUACACACAGAAACAAAAAUACUUCCAAUAGACCAGCACCUCAGACUCCACGCAUAUCAACUCAGACUAAAAGCUCAAGCAUCGACCCACCCACUUCACACUCAUACUCAACCUUACAACCCACCCUGACUUAUGAAAAAACAGUUUUCACAAACAGAAACUACACCACUAACAUAUUCAUAGAACCAGAUCAAGCCACAACAGAAACUCUAAACAGAAGCAAGAAACAAAUACACACUACAAUCACAACUAACUACAUAGACAAUCUACCAAACAAUGAUGUACUUUCUGCACCAGCACCAGCCAUAGACUCUUCAGAAACCCAAUUACCCAGACACUCACGUCGAGCACUAGCACAACUCCGUACAAACAAGUCCCCCCUACUACACCAAUACCUACACAAGAUAGAUCCAGUCACACAUCCAUCCCCCCUUUGUCCACUCUGUCACGAAGAUGUACACAACACCAACCACCUAUUCGGCUGCUCGGAGCUGGUCGCGCCCGUGUCGCCUCUGGUUUUGUGGAGCUCUCCCAUCGAGGCGGCGGGGCUGUUGGCGCGCUGGGGAGAGAGGUUGGGCUGGCCACAGGAAUGGGUGUAGGCCCCGUCCCGCAUUUGUCGCGGGACGGGGAGGGCGAACAACAACAACAAUUCUACUUGUCCAAAAAUAAUGUAUUAUGCAAAUUCCUUCAAACUACAUUCAAUGGACUUUGACUAGAGCAUACAGUGGUUAAAUUGUGCAUUAGUUUGUAUGGGAAAUUUCAAAAGUCUUGGAGGUAUUUGGCUUGUUGGCUUUUUUGGCUUAGCCAAAAUUGUAGGAGUUCAUUGAAAUUAUUUAUUUGAUUUUUCAGACAAGAUGCAGUUACACAAUUUUUCUCGAGGUUGUAACAUUUUAUAGUAUAUGCUACCAUAGUAAGAUUAGUUAUCUGAUGUUACAACAAUUUUAUGAUUUUUUAUCAUCUUUGUUAUAUUGAUAUUAUCUUUGACCAUCGCUUGAAGCAAAAUGCUAGUUUUGCUGCAGCAGUGACAAAUCUGCGUAUGGUCUUGUCAAUGCAAUAGUAUUGCUCUUUACUUUUUAUUAUAGCUAUUGUAUUUUCUAGGUUUAAUUACGAUUUUUAAGAUUUUCUCUAUACGGUUCUAAUAUGUUGCAUUGGCACUAGGACUUCAAUAAAUGUGUAACUCGUGUUAUGUAGUAGAAUAGUUAAGAGCUUGAAGCAAUAAAGAGCUCAGUUGUUUAGUGUUUUUGAUUUACUCGCAGGGGGUAAGAGCAAACCUCUUACUAGGGGAAUACAAAGCCUCCCCCGAACCUAUCUUUUGAUCAAAUUUAUUGUAAGGCAACAUCCAGUUGAGCCCGCGGCUAAAAUUUAUAGUCUGAUGAAUCGCGUAUGGAAGUGGCGAUUACCUCUUGGUUGUACUGUGUGGCGAUGUUAUGAACGCAAUGCAGAAUGUUACACAAAGAUAUUCAUUGUCAUAAUGGGUGCCUAUCGUCAUUCUUUGAAAACACAAAUUUUCUCUUCUUAUUCUUACCUAUAAAUACUUAUUCAUAACUCAGAGCGUUGUUGAUGCCUGGAAUUCGAUUCAGUUGAGUGGUAAUUUAUCAUUAUUUCAGUAAUCCAUAACCCAAUUUCAAUUGAAUAGUCCAUAUGCCAGCGAGAUCUCAGUCGUAUAUAUUAUUACUUCACGAGCUGAUUUUUUAUUGUCCAAUUCCAUCAUUGUACAAUCUUUAAUUAUGUUGCGAACUUAGUCCAUUUCACAUUUGAUAAACAAACAGUUAAUAGCAGACUGCAUUUAAAAUAGAACAAUUUACUCGUGAGUUUACUGCGAAUAAAAAAUGUCAACCGGAAUUAUGUCCAUCAACCUUUGUGAGAUUACAAGUUAAGGAUGAGAAGACCGCCCUGCUUUCUUGCUUCCCGAAGAAUAACAAGUGUUUCCUGGAUAUAAUUUAUAUAUCCUAGCAAUAUCAAAUGGAAGCAUUCUGUUUAGCUGUAUUGUUAACUGCUAUGUUCGCUUGUACUUCACUGUUAUUUGUGUGCAUUGAGACGAUUUUAAUUUAUAAAUAAAUAAUCCCGCAGAAAAAUAUAUUCAUUAGAAAAUUUGGCCAGAACGGAGGUUUUACCCUUUCGUAGGGUGAUCGUUCGUCGAUUUCUGGUCCCCUGGAAACUCGUUAUGGACGAUCACGCUACAAGAAACAAAUGCGUCUUCUGUAAGAUAGCUGACGGUUCGCAGCAAUCAGAACUGGUGCACACGGAUGACGAAUUUGUGGCGUUCUGCGAUUUACGGCCGGCAGCAGCUCACCACCUGCUUGUCAUACCCAGACAACACGUGGCCUCUGCCUCAGUCUUGACACCGCAGCACAAGCCCAUGGUGGAGCAGAUGGUGGCGUUGGCUCGGCAGCUGGUGCAUGAGAGGGGAGUAAAGGAGGAGGAAGAGUUGCGCCUCGGCUUCCACUGGCCGCCGUUCACCAGCAUCCAGCACCUGCACCUCCACGCCAUCGCUCCCGUAUCGCAGUUAGGCUUCAUCUCUCGUAUCAUCUUCAGACCAAACUCGUACUGGUUUGUUUCCCCCGAGACGGUCUUGAGAAAGUUGGAAAAAGACAGCGCCUCAUGAUGCCGGUAAUACUUAAGCAAGCUUUACAAGAUGUGUUUGAAAAAUAUAGAUUUGUUUACUUUUUUGCGAGAAAAUUCUCAUUUAUUCAUGGAUGUCCCACAAUAGAUAAUUAAAAUAAGCAAAUGAAAAUUCAAUCCUCCGUUGAUUAUUACUUGAAUGUUUUAGUC